UGGAUUGCUGUCAGUCACCGGUAAGAAUGGAGGGCUUGGCCUUCACUUCAAGACGACUCUAUUUGAAGAAUACCUUAUGCGUACACUGCCUCCGCCGGAUACAGGGCCCAGACAAUAGGCCUAUCUCACGCGCUCAAAACGUUUACCCUCAACCACCACCAAAACCUACUUUUCAAUUUCAAAUAAGAGCGCAUAAAACUCUCAGUCAAGGAUCCCAAGUAUCACAGGCCUAUCCUCUGAAAGGCUACUACUCUGACAUCCUUUCUCACCCAACCCGUGUUGCCAAUCCCGCUCGACAUGACCCUUCCACACCACCAGCCCCCGCCGCCCAGGCAUCUUCCGACACUCGCGAACCUACACCCGCCGAAAAGAUGAGCAUAGUUUUCGGGACCCGCCUCGCAGGUCCAGGCUACACAUCGCGUUACAAUCCAACCACUCCACCAGACUCAACCUGGCAAACAAUCAACGGCGUCCCGAUCCCCCCGCGCCCCUCAGAGCCAGAUAAUUGCUGUAUGAGCGGAUGCGUACACUGUGUCUGGGACGAUUACCGAGACGACAUUGAAGAAUGGGCGGCGCGGGUACGCGAGGCGAAAAACCGUGCAAAAGUGAUGAUUGAGGCGGGAGGAGAUGUGAGGCAUAAGCCGCGCCGUGAGGUUGAGAGCGCGAGUAUGAGUAUGGACGAUGAUGGAGGGGGGAGUGAGGGUAAUUGGGUUGGCGAUCCAUUGUCAACGGAGGCGGAGGAUCUGUUUGAGGGGAUUCCAGUGGGCUUUAGAGAGUUUAUGAAGACGGAGAAGCGACUGAAACAGAAGAAGACGAGUCAACAAGAGGUGUGCUGAUAGGUUUACGCGCGUUUUCACCUGCGACAUCGAUCUCUAGUUUGUCAAGAUAUACCCCCCCGGCCCCGGGGGAUAGCAUUGAGGUCGUCUUCACGGCUUCAGGCGCCAUUGUGGAGUUCCGUCUAAGCGUUCAAUACAUGUAUAUAGUUUUGCAAAUUAGACCUGAGAAGAAAUCAUCCCCAAAGAA